CACAAAUUUCAAGAAUUUGAAAUUCAAAUUAACAAAUAUAUUAAAGGAUUUGAUAUUCAAAUCAACAAAUAUAUUAAAGGAUUUGGAAUAAAUAUAAAGGGUUCUGAAAUUCAAAUUAGCAAUAUAUUAAAGGAUUUGAGUUAUGAAGGCAUAGGGAUGUUAUGUGAUCUGAAAGAUCACA